UGAGAAGAGAAACAUUUUUUAAAAAAACACCCAAGAAAAUCUGUUUCAAUUUUGGAAACAGGACCUUUGAGAUACUCCCCAUUCCUCAUGUAGCUUCAACCAGUUGAUCACACACUAUGUAAAUCCAAUGGCCCUAUGUAAAUCCAAGUACUUUCAGAAGAAGGGCUGAAGCUCUUAACCUACAUGAAAUUCACCUCUUCCCCCCCUCCCCUCUGGCCCGCAGAGAGCUUGCAGCUGCGGGGAGCUCCAAACUCAUGUUUUCUUGGUGCUUUGCAGGAUUUGGGCUGGCUGAAGAGGAAGCUGAUUAGCUGCCUGGUCAUCUCAGCCAGGUGAGAGGAGGCGGGCCUUUCAGGAGUUAGGAUAAAAAGGGAUCCUGGUAGAUGUUGGUCUUUUCUGCCAGCUUCCUAGAACAGACAAGGAUGGGACCCUUAUGGAAUGUGGCCAUUGUUUUAGCUUGUUGGCUAAUUGGGGAAGCGGCCUCUUCGGACCACUGGGAUUACAUGCAGAGGUUUUCCAACACGCCUGAUCCUAGGAGGCAGCUCUACCUGCCUUCUGGGGUUGAGACCUAUCCUUCGGCUUGGGUAGAUGCUUCCCAGGCACGAGCUUUGUCCCUCCUGUCCCCUGUGCUGGCCCAGUGUGAAGAGUCCCAGGUGGUGGUGACCGUGAAGAGAGACCUGUUUGGCACGGGGAGGCUCGUCCAGGUGGAGGACCUGACCUUGGGGCCAACUGGCUGCCAACCCACCUCCUACGAUGCUGCUGAGAACACCGUAAUCUUCAGCGUAGGCCUCCAUCAGUGUGGGAGUGUUUUGCAGAUGACUCCGGAGUUUCUAGUCUACAGCAUCAGCCUUCAUUACAAGCCAACCCCUUCUCCCCACAGUGUGAUUGUAAGAACCAGUCCGGUUGACGUCCCCAUUGAGUGCCAUUACCCAAGGAAAAACAAUGUAAGCCUUAAGGCAAUCAAGCCAACAUGGAUUCCAUUCACGUCAACGAUUUCUGCAGAAGAAAAACUCCGCUUCUCUUUACAUUUGAUGAAUGAGGGUUGGAGCGCGGAGAGAGCAUCCAACGGCUACCAGUUGGGAGAAGUCAUGUACAUUCAGGCUCAAGUAAUCGCAGAAAACCACACUCCUCUCCGACUCUUUGUGGAUAGCUGUGUAGCCACGUUGAGCCCAGAGGCGGAUUCCAUUCCCCGCUAUCCCAUCAUCGACUACAAGGGCUGCCUGAUAGACGGACGAGAUGAUUCCAGCUCAACCUUCUUAUCACCAAGGAUCAGGAAUGAUGUACUCCAGUUCACAGUGGAUGUCUUCCGUUUUAGCAAGGACACCCGAGAUCUGAUCUACAUCACUUGUCACUUGAAGGUGACUGCAGCUACUCAAGUUCCUGAUCUUGAGAACAAAGCUUGUUCCUUCCGUCCAGCUACGAACAGUUGGGCUCCAGUUGAAGGCACCACAGAUAUUUGCUCCUGCUGUGAAACCCAGAAAUGUGUUCAAACUAUUGGUCAAGGCAGCAGAUCCUGGGACCAAGGGGGAAGAAGACUGGGCAGAGAUGUGGCUGCUAAAUUGGAUAAAUCGAAGGAGGCAGAUGCUGACGUGAUGCUCGGUCCCAUCCUCAUUCUUGACUCGUACAUGACUUCUAGAACUCCUCCUGACAAUCAAAAUAAGUUGAGCUUAUCAGCAGAACAUGGCUUCUUCCAAAUUCCUUGGAUGCUGGUGGGGAUCAUCUUGAUAGCCCUUACUACAUGCUUGGCCCUGACCACUCUAGGAAUCUUUUGUACUAGGAAAAGACGUUAUAAUUCUUCUUAAGAUGUUAUGCAGUGUGGAAAGAUGUUAAAAUAAACAAAUCAAAGCGUUAAAAAAGACUUGUUUCCCCCCCCCCUCCCUACACCUUGUUCAAUAAACAAGUAUA